AUGCUCCUUCCACAGACAAGACUGUCCGCCUUGCGCGCCCUCCGCGCCACAACAGCACCCCGCUCCAGCAUCACCACCACCUCCGCGCUCGCCCGCCUCCUCUCCACUCUCGCCGUCCUCGAACAGCGCGAUGGCAAGCUUCAAGCCUCCUCCUUGUCCGCUAUCGCUGCGGCUCAGAAGCUCGGUGGUCCCGUGACGGCCUUUGUAGCGGGUGCUGGCGUGAAGGGCACGUCUGCUGCCGAGGCGGCGCAGAUUAAGGGUCUGGACAAGGUGUUGGCGGUGGAGAAUGAGGCUUAUGAGAAGGGUCUUCCCGAGAACUACGCCCCGUUGCUCGUCGAGAACAUCAAGAAGGGAGAAUUCACGCACGUCGUGGCUGGCCACUCGGCGUUCGGAAAGAGUUUGUUGCCUCGUGUUGCGGCUUUGUUGGAUGUGCAGCAGGUUUCGGAUAUCACGGGCAUUGAGAGUGAAGACACCUUCGUCCGCCCCAUCUACGCCGGCAACGCCAUCCUGACCGUCCAAUCCACCGACCCCAUCAAGAUCCUCACUGUCCGCGGCACCUCCUUCCAAGGCGUCGAGACCACCGGCGGCAGCGCCUCCGUCACUGAAGGCGUCGACCCCAACACCCCCGCCCAAACCGAAUGGGUGUCCGAGGAGCUCGCCAAGUCCGAGCGUCCUGACCUUGGUACCGCUACCCGCGUCGUCUCUGGUGGUCGUGGUCUCAAGUCCAAGGAGGAGUUUGACCGCGUCAUCGUUCCCCUGGCUGAUACAUUGGGCGCUGCCAUCGGUGCUUCCCGUGCUGCUGUGGACAGUGGCUUCGCGGAUAACAGUCUGCAGGUCGGACAGACGGGUAAGAACGUCGCACCGCAGUUGUACCUGUGUGCGGGUAUCUCGGGUGCUAUUCAGCACUUGGCGGGUAUGAAGGAUAGUAAGGUUAUUGCUGCGAUCAACAAGGAUCCCGAUGCGCCGAUCUUCCAGGUUGCGGAUGUUGGGCUGGUUGGGGAUCUGUUUGAGAAGGUGCCUGAGUUGACGGAGAAGUUGAAGCAGUGA